UGAACUGAUAAGUAAACAAUAGGAAACGUCGAUUACAACAUACAACAUCAAUUUUGGUCUUAUGAUUGCUGUUACAACACACAACAUAACUCUAAAAAUAUUCAAUUAGAUAAGACAAGAAUGGCAAUAAUUACUGCACCUUUUGAGAUUGUUAAAACAGGAAUUAAUAAUGCAUUUGUUAGUAAAGAACCUUGGCAAAUAGUAACCAUAACAACUUCUACAGUUCUACUUUCAGUAUGGCUUUACGAAUUCAUUUUUCAAGAAGAAAGUGUCAUGGAAAGAACAAAAAAGACAUUCUUCAAAUUAGCGAAAUUAGUUCCCUCUAUUCGUUUAAAAAUUGAUUCAGAAAUGGAAAGCGUAAGGAAAUCUUUGUAUAAAGAUGUAGAAGAACGAGGAAAAGCCUUACAUUACAUAACUACUUUGCCUGAAAAAGGCUUUUCAAAAGAAGCAAUAGUGAAGCUUACCGAUGAAAAUCUUGGCUUAAGUGAUUAUGACUGGGCACAAGGAAAAGUCUCUGGAACUGUUUACUACAUGAGUAGCGAAAUAAAUUCACUUAUAACAGAUAUAUAUUCAAAAUCAGCAUACACUAAUCCUUUACACCUUGAUAUUUUUCCUGGAAUUUGUAAAAUGGAAGCAGAAGUGGUUCACAUGACUGCUAAUGCUUUUCAUGGGGGCGCAAAUGCUUGUGGAACAAUGACGUCUGGGGGCACAGAAUCAAUUUUAAUGGCCUGUAAGGCUUUCAGGGAUUUUGCACGAGAAGAAAAAGGGAUCAAAAAACCAGAAAUGGUACUUCCUAAGACUGCACAUUCUGCUUUUGAUAAAGCAGCACAGUACUUUAAGAUAAAAGCCAUCUAUGUACCUGUUGAUCCUGUUACUACUCAAGUAGACAUUAAUGCCAUGGAAAAGGCUAUUUCAUGGAAUACUAUAAUGUUAGUAGGGUCAGCUCCCAACUUUCCGUAUGGUACAAUGGAUGACAUUGCAGCUAUAUCUGACUUGGGAUUAAAAUAUAACAUACCUGUACAUGUUGACUCUUGCUUAGGGGGAUUUCUUACUGCAUUCAUGCCUGAUGCUGGAUUUCCUGUGCCCAUUUGCGACUUCCGCCUUCCUGGGGUAAUGAGCAUAUCAGCGGACACCCACAAAUACGGAUUUACACCAAAGGGAUCGUCGGUUGUGCUCUACAGAGAACCAAAGUAUCGCCAUCAUCAGUAUACAAUUACAACAGACUGGCCUGGAGGUGUGUACGGAUCACCAACUGUGGGUGGUUCUAGAGCAGGUGGUUCUAUAGCAGUUUGUUGGGCCGUACUGCUCAGAUUUGGCAAAGAGGGAUACAUUCGGGCAACGAGGGAAAUUAUUCACACAAGUCGAUACAUUGAAAAAGGGUUGAGGUCAAUGAAAGGAAUUUUUGUCUUUGGACAACCUGCAACAAGUGUUAUAGCCAUUGGAUCGAAUGAUUUUGAUAUAUACAGACUGUCAUCUGCCCUCCUUAAAUUGGGGUGGAAUCUUAACAAUUUACAGUAUCCCUCAGCAAUUCAUUUGGCUGUGACCUACUUACACACAAAAGGAGGAGUGGCUGAUCAGUUUCUGAGUGAUGUAAAGAAUUCUUUGGCGAUUAUUCUUGAGAAACCAGAAAAGCGUGUGGAAGGAAAGUUGGCCAUUUAUGGAGUAGCGCAAGAAAUACCAGAUCGUUCAAUCGUAAGAGACAUUACCCGUUUGUUCCUUGAUUCGAUGUACUAUAUUCCGAAUAAUAAAGAAAAUAAGAACGAUAACACUCAAUGAAUAUAUUACUUGGGUAAUACUAGUAUUACAAUUUGUACAUAGUAACCAAAUGCAGUGUACUUAGGUGUUUACAUAAUAAUAUAAAUAAAUAUUUUUAUCAGU